CUCAAUCAAGUUUCUUAAGCCUUAAAGUUCAAACAUAAUUUAUCUGAUUUCCAUUUCGAUACACAAAAUACCAAAGUAGUUAAAGUGAAAAUGACCCAGAGGACAACGGUGUCCCUAACUUCGCAGGUCGAGGUCCUGAUGACUGGAUCCAGGUAUUUGGGGGAACGAAACGAAUUGGGCAUGCAGGAGUAUGGAGUCUACACCUAUCCGGAUGGAACUCGUUACACGGGGGAGUUCCUCAACGGUCGCUUCCACGGCAGGGGAACCAUUCAAAUUCCAGAUCCGGCGGGUAUCAUCUACCAAGUGACCCACCGCCAUGGAAAACUUAAGUCAAUCGAGCAGAUGAACUUCAGCGAUCAACUGCCUGUGGAUUUCGAGAUGACGGGUCGUGGCUCUUUGAAUUUCGAAUCCUGGCCGUAUUGCACCGCCGAGGAUCGUCGUUUCUUCCAGGAGACCAAGGCACCCCUUGAUCCAGUCGGUCCGAACAAGUUCAAGACCAAGGAUGGACCCGCUUCCGUGACUUUGGAACGAAAUGCCUUCGACUUGGGCUUUGGCAUAAUCGGAAAUCGUGGCUUUAUGUUGGACACAAAGACCAACUGCAAGAAGAGUUCCUAUUUGGGUUGCCGCGAGGCACGUCGUUGGAUUCGGGAGAACUGCGUCCAUGGUCCUUUGUGGAAUCGUCAUCACAAGCAGGAGGUGAUGGCCCGAUUUGCCCGGGAGAUUAUCAAAAAUAAUCAGGAGAGCGCUGCUGUCUGCAGCCGAGAGAAUUUUACCCCUGAGAUUCGUGUUUGCCGUCGAAGCUGCAGCCUGGACAGCUUCGGAUCGACUAGACUCCACUUGGCCAGCACCUCGGACACCUGCUCCUCGGAGGUUCAGGACAUGAAGAUGCGUCUUCAGGAUUUCCGGAAAAAGUGGAGGCGAUCGAAAAGCGAGAGCAGCGUUUGCCGCAUCAAUUGAUCAAAAUUUGUUAACCUUACAUUCAGGUUGCUUUCGGUUCUACUUUGUUUAUGGCUUCAAAUUAAUAUAUUGUGUGUAGUUGACCCACA